UCGAAGAACACAAUCGCAGAUUCAUGAAAGCUUUGAGCUUUAAAAAAAAAACACAAAGGGUCCGAUUGGUCAUCUUCUUGUCCUAAAGGAAACAGAUUGGUUCAUCUUCUUGUCCUAAAAACUGUUACCAAUCACACCCAAAAUCGCACCCAAAAUGACAAAGCUUUUAGAAACUGUUACCAAUCACACCCAAAAUCGCACAGAAACAGAUUGGUUCAUCUUCUUGUCCUAAAGGAAACACCUUUACUUUGGUCUGUUCUGUUAGGAGACGGUCAUCUUUUACUUCUUGCAGAAGAGAUUCGCUUCGAUUGCUUCUCUUCUCUUCGAUUCGACUCUAGGGUUUCUCUCGUGAUUGAAAGUUUCAGUUUUUUUUUGGUUUGGGGUAUCAAAGAGGGUUCUGAUUUCAUUCCGUUGCUUCAAUCAUUACAAACGCUUCUGUGUCUCACUUUUAAGAUAUCAGAAGCUAUCGAAUGCCCCCUUCUGCUUUCUCCAUCUUCCUUCAUCAAUGUUCAACCUCCUGUAAAAGCUUGUUAUGAGCCAAUUGUGUUUUCUCUGAAUUAGUUUGAUGGCAGGAAAUGGAAUGCCUACAUUGGGUCGUGUCAAGGUUUGUGAUUUAGCUCCUAGUGAAGGCCUACCUUCUGAUUCUUACAAGUUGGCCGUGACUACAUUAUCUCAAUCUCUCGCUCAGUACUCUGCUGCCAUCAUUCAGUUUCCAACUAGCGAUGGAGCUCUUCUUAGAUCUGGUCUUGAUUCUGCUCGGCUCUAUUUUCAUCAGAGAGAUUCAUAUCCAGCCGCUAAUAAUAAUAUGAUCCACACAAAUGAUUCAAGUGAUUGGUGCAAGACCUCUGGCUACUAUGCUGAUCCUCAGUCGUGGCAAGAGAGUUACGAGUAUAGACCCGGUUUGAGUCCCACUGAGCCAACCAAUUCUAUGGAGUUCCCACCAUCUGGUUUGCCUGAUAUUUUUGCUUUACUAGGCAAAGCUGCUCGUGUAGUUCUUGAUGCCAUUGGUUACUACUUGAACUUGAGAAGCUGUCCUUUUACUGAGAUUCUUGAUAAUGUUCCUUUGAGGAAUAAUGAGAUAUCGUCCUCUGUGUUGUCUGUUUGCUGUUAUGCUAGGCCGUCAUUUCAUGGAGCACAGCACCAUAACUUAACAGAAGACGAGCAGCUUAUCUUGUAUUCAGACCAUGAUCACCAGCUUGAUAAGAGUCUGAUCUCGUUUGUGAAAUCAGAUAAGGCAGGGUUGCACAUUAGGGACAUGCAUGGGCAAUGGAUUUUAGUUGAUAUGGAUCUUGGUCCUCAAGAGGCUGUUGUAUACCCGGGGCUAGCUCUUUAUCAGGCUACAGCAGGGUAUGUGAGUCCUGCAGUUCACAGAACCGAUUUAAACAGUAUGCAAGGAAGUAUAGAAGGGAGGUUCUCCUUGGCUUUCAAACUCAUGCCAAAAUCAAUGACCAAUCUGAGUUGCUCUGAGAUGAGAGCUGCAGGUCAUGGUGUUGAAGCUCAGUUUCAGCUCCCUGUUUCAGUCGAUGACUUCAUGCAGAGACCUCACUCAAAUGAUGAGCUCUUUAACAGACAGACUUUGCAAAGCUUCAGCGUCCCUCAAUCCCAGGAUGGGUCAAUGAAGCAGAUGAAAAAGCGGAGGAAGAGCGACUCCAGAUGCAAACCACUACCACCAUCAAAGCGGCUGAGAUUAGAAGCGCAGAGAGUUCUCAAGGAACGAGUUCAGGAGAUUGCAGACAAAAAGGGAAUCAAGCUCAGAUUCUGCAACCUCAAGGAGUGCGAGAACAACCACAAUGUAAUGAACAGCCCUUGUGCGAAUAUAAAAAGGGAGAUUGGGUGGCCGCAUGGAGUUCCAUUUGUUCAUCCUCACGACCUCCCCAAUAAAGCUAAAAUCGGUUUCCUUGAGACAUAUGAACCAGGAUGGUCUGAAACACAUGACAUGGAGCUCAGUCUCUCUGAAACCGCUCAGGGGAACCAACAUGUGACUAACUGUAACCAUUCUUUCACCCAAUAACUCCUGGUCCUUCCACUGAAACUUAAUUCCGAGGUUACCAGUUCAUUUAAUUUGAUUGCAGGAGAUGAGACAAUGAGAGUUCCAGUUUUGGUCCCUUGUGUUCCUUAAUUGUUCAGGUCAGGUUUCAGUGUCAGUGGUUGCAGACGCUGUGUAUGAGCUAGGAACAGCAAGACAAGAUAGAGCUAUGUGAAUUACUCUUGUUAUUUGACUCAUUGUACAUUGUGUUUUUGUAUGGUAUACAAGUAUAGCAUGUACGGAGAUUCUCAUCUAUGCUCAAAACUCAUCUCAUGUGGUAUA